GCUGCUCCUGCAUGCAGGGAGCUCAGGCAAGCUCAGAAGUCCCGACAUGGGUAGAAUGACCUAUGAUGAUGUGCAUAUGAAUUUCACUCAGGAAGAUUGGGCUUUACUGGAUCCUUCUCAGAAGAGUCUCUACAAAAAUGUGAUGCUGGAAACCUAUACAAAUCUUGCUGCUAUAGGCUACAUUCGGGAAGACCAUAGUAUUGAAGAACAUUUUCAAAGUUCUGGAAGACUUAAAAGGCAUGAAAGAAGUCAUACUGAAGAGAAAUCCUCUGAGUUUAUUCAACGUGGUAAAGCCUUUGCAUUUCAGAGUUAUAACCAAAGACAAGAAAGAAUUCAUACUAGAGAGAAACCCUAUGAAGGUGUUCAACAUUGUGAAGCCUUUGCAUAUCACAGUAGACUCCAAAUGCAUAAACAAAUACAUACAGGAGAGAAACCUCAUAAGUGUAAUCAAAGUGGGAAAGCCCUUGGAUAUCAAAUCUCCUGUAUCAUAAAAGAACACAUACUGGAGAGAAAACAUGAAUGUAGUGAAUAUGGUAAAGCCUUAAUAUGUCACAGUCAUCUUCACAUACAUAAAAGAACACAUACUGGAGAGAAGCCCUUUGAAUGUGACCAAUGUGAUAAAGCCUUUGCAUGA